AUGUUCCCGAGCCGCACUCUCCUGGUGGUCGUUAUUCUCUCGCACCCGGGGUUCACCAGCGCGUUUUUUGGCUGGUUCGCGCGGAAGUCGCCACAGACUCGGCCCUCAGGAGCCGGUGCGGACCCCGGACGGGCCCCUGACCUCCGGUCUCUCCCCAGCGCGCCCUUUGAAAUGACCACAUCUGAUGACAAGUUCCUAGCCGAAGCCAAACACCUGGAGCUCUCCCCGCUGGACGGCUGCCAUCAUAAGGUGGUCAGCCAGCUCCAGGCGUCCUGUACGGAGAUGUCAGAAGAGGAGAUAGCAAAGCUGGGGGUGUCUCUGUUCAACUGCCAAGCAGAGGUGGAGGGCAGGCCCACUUACCCCUGCACCCCCGACAUGACGCUGGCAGAAUGCACGUCGUCCAUGGAUCCCGACACCUGGAACGCCUAUCACAUCGUCAGCAACCGGGCCCGCUCUGUCUGCUACGCCGCGCGCCAACUCCAUUUCAGACGCCGGACGGAGCUUACGGUCAAUACCCUGGUGUCCACCGCCAUGAACCAGCUGGAAGCCAUGAAAAUGCUGAAGGAUGGACAAGAGGAACUGAAGGAGCUGACGGCCGAGUCCCUGCAAAAAGUGGUGAGCAGCCAGAACGAGCUGCUCAACCAGCAAGAGCAGCUCCAGAACAGUCAGGAGACCAUGGAGCAGUCAAUCAACGGCAACCUGGAGAUGCUAGCGGAGGAGAAGGCGCUCAUAGCCAGCGGGCAUCACUUGGUGGCCCAGCUCAUUGAAGGCAUCACUCGGAGGAUGGAAAACGUGAGCAGUCAGCUGGUGGUACAAGACGCCGAGCUCCAGGAGGGACACAAAGCCAUCCUAGCCGACCUCUCCGAGGUCCGGACUCGAUCCCAUGACGUUUACUCCAAGAUUGAGUCGAACUUGGACCUCUUCCUGUCCUAUCAGAACCGGACCGCGCUCUACUACGACGUGCUCAUGGAGAAACUCAACAAGAUGAAUCGGAGCCUGGGCACGGUGCUGUACGCCAUGGAGCACAUGCACAGGAGCGUGGAGCAGCGUCUCGGGUACAUCCAGGGCUUCGUUGACUGGGCAGGCGGGAACAUUAACGCCAUCUACACGUGUGUCCUGCACGGGGCGUACUUCCUGCUCCUGGCGCUUCUCAUGACCUUCCUGCAGACGCCGGGUUUCUCGCGGGCCGUUCUCCUGCUCCUCAUCCUGUGCAACGCUCUGUCGGAGCUCAACCAGCACACGUCGCUGAGCUUCAGGUCCCUGACGGCUUUGCUGGUGUGCACCGUGACCGCUCACUGGAUGCUGGUGAAUUUUCUUCGCUGUGUCAAGAAGGUGAGAAGCCGAAAAUCAUGCGCCGCUCUGCCCCCGACUCACGCGGCAUCGGCCAUUGCUUCUGGGAAGGGGACAGACAAAGGCUUCCUCUGCUCCACCCCGGAGAGGCCGUGCGAGGGAGCCGUACUGAAAGAGGAGUUGGGGAGGCUGGCGGAUGACAGCUACUUACUCGAUGACUCUGUUCUGGAGGGGGACAGUUUGGUUAAAGAGGACUCGCUUGUGGCGUCCCCCGCUAACCUGGCGUGGAAGUCGCAGCGCGGAUUGAAGACCCCCAGCCAUUCCACCCCCGCUAUGAAACUUCGUCGUCUCAGUAUCAGUAAUUCUGUCAGGGGCCACGAGACCCCCUCAAAGCAGGAUAAAGUUCCGCAGCGACACUUGGGAGCCGCGUUCGAUGCGAUGUCUGAAUCGAGAAAUUACAGCCCAAAUAGUUCUGUGUCCAGCAACGUGUCCGUCUCUUCCAUGUCGCCCCGGAAUUUUUGCCAAGCCCUCACCCGAGCCGGUCAGCCGUGCCGGAACAAGGCCAGCGGAGGCCAGGAGUUCUGCCGCGUCCACGCAUCCGGUCAGACGUCCUACGCGGCGGGAGACUUCCCCAAACACUAGCGCAGG